AUGAGCAUCAUAUCUAUAGUGUGUGAGACGGGUCCUUCUCGACGCCAAUGUGUUGAACUCAUCAGUGCUUUACAAAUGAUGGGCGGACAAACAUCAAAGGGAAUGGCAAUAAAGCGUCUGUCGAUGGAAAAUAUGCCAAACAUUUACACCGAUUGUCUUCACGCAGAGGAAGGCAUUAGAUUCAAGAAGUCUUUGAAAAGACAUUUAAUGCCCUAUAAAAUGCGAGUCAUUGCCUGAUUUUAAACUUACACAUCAAUCAUAGAAUUUAUUAUUGUAAUUAAAAAUCACCA